AUGGUAGUAAUGAUCGUGGUGACGGGGGUGGUGGUGGUGGUGGCGGUGGUAAUGGUGGUGAGUGAUGGAAAUGGUGGUGGCAACAACAGUAGUGAUGGUGGUAGCGGUGGAAGUAGUGGUGACGGUGGUAAUAGUGGAGGUGUAGGUGGCGGUGGAGGUGGUGGCGGGUGGUUGAUGGUAGUGGUGGUGGUGAUGACAACAAUGGUGGUUGUGGCAGCGGUGGCGAUGGAAGUAGUGGUGGCGGCGGUGGUAGUGGUGGUGGGUGUGGUAGUGGCGGCGACAAUAGUAGUUGUGGGAGAUGGUAGUAGUGGCGGCGGCAGUGCUGGUGGCGACGGUGAUAGUGCUAGUGGUAGCGACGAUGGCGGUGGUGGUGGCAAAAGUGGUGGUGUGGGUGGUAGUGGCGGUGGUAGUGGUAACGGUGGUGGUGGCGAGGCUAGUGUUGGUGACGGUGAAGGUAGUGGUGGAUGUGGUGGUGGUGGUGGUAGGUGA